AGCUGUCAUCAUGGGGCGUUUGACAGCGUUGGGUGUAAUAGCUUUACUGUCAACGGCUUCGGGAGCACCGCAGUACCCAUGUCCAUCUGACUCAUCGGCCUGUCCACCCCCCGACUGUAACCAAUGUCAACCCCCUCCAUCCAACUGCGCCACCCCUGACCCGUGUACACCGCAACUGAAACCGUACCCCGUGGAUCCUUGCGCUCCACCAAUAACACAAUGCGGUGACGGAGUUAUCAAGGCAGCAGUACCACAAAGCGACAUAGGUGACCGCCUGCGCUGCCUCGGCUUCCAGUCAUUUCCCGUGAAGGGUGGCACCUUCUUCGUGAAAUCGAACCCUGACGUCAUCAUCCAACCGCCACCGGUCCUCGUCAAACUACCCCCGCCACCCGCAAUAACCCCACAAGCCUUGACAGUGCAGCCACCACCUUUACCACCGAUACAGCCACCUACAAUUUGUGUACGACCACCUUGCCCUCCCCCGGUUCAACCUCCCAACAUCUUGGUCCGUCCACCUCGGCCACCACCGGUUCAACCACCACCGAUCGUUGUGAGGCCACCACUGCCAAGUCCCAUACAGCCACAGCCUGUUAUGGUACGACCACCUUCUCCUCCACCCUACCAACCACCUCCAAUUUGUGUCCGUCCACCUUGCCCACCUAAUCUCCAACCACCAACCCUUUGCUUCAGUACUGCAAUACUGAAUGGAAAUGGAAAUUAAAACCCAUAUCAAAAUAUAUAUAUAUAGAUAUAUAUCAAUGUUUAAAAAUGUACAUAGAAACGGUAAAGCAGUGAAGAAAAAAAAA